CCCUAAGUCGAAUACGCUUCUUGAACUUGUUAUCAUCUAUUCCUAUGCUUGGUUUUUUAUUGUUUUCCCUGCUAACAAUUUUUUGUUUCUCCUGAAAAGUUGCUAAAAUGAAGUUAUCCCCUUAUUCCGCUACCUGGAUCACUUUGUCCCACGUUAUGUGGUGCAUGCCUGUCCCACACUUUUAUUUGCAGUAUCCUUCUCAGUGAUGUCAAUAACCCCGCACAGUGGGCCCAGAAUUCUGGUGAGGCUAUUUUAGCCCCAGAGCCGCCAUAUGGGACUCAGACCGAACGUUUCUCUAGCAAUGGAUUGCUGGGUGAUUCCGCUUCUGUCCUUCACCACACCAUGUCCGGAUGGACGGAAGAUACGCAAGCUGCAUGCAGCAGCAAUGCAAUGGAGAUGGAGAGCACUCAGCCUCCGGAAAAGAAGCACAAGCAUGAAUCGUCGGCCGGCUGGUGCGCGGAUUGCUGGGCCGAAGUGAAGGACGCCUGUCGCGAGGGGCACCAGCUGCUGGACGACGACGAGGCCGUCACGGAGUGGAAGGGGAGGCUCGACGCGCUGGUCAAGGAAGCGGCGGAUGCGCGUCAGGACGCAGCGGUCAAUGCACUCGUCGCCCAGGGCCCAGCGCUGCUGCUGGAGGUGGAGGGAUGCAACGGCGAGGGCUGCGGCGUCCAGGGCGGCAUCAUUCGCAUCGCGCUGGCCGCCUCCAUGAUGGAACGUGCCACUGUAAAUCUAGUGACAGUCCUGUGGGAAGCACUCGACGGCGCGACCCUGGAGUUCGACGAGGCGUUCAAGAUGGCGCACGUCGACCUGGACCCCAGCGCGCACCUCGCCGCCGCCAUGGACAAGCUGCCGUCGUGCCGAGCGGGACAGCUGUUCGAGCCGGGCGCCGUGUUCCUCGACAGCAACGGCACCCUCGACAUUUGUCUGGUCCGAGUGGCGAGUGAGGGCCUCCAUGGCGCCAGGGUGCUGGGCUUCCUGCGGGGCAGCGUCGACGCCCUGAGAGUCACUCGCUGCGGCGGUCACAGCGGAGACUGCUUCUGCCGGAAGAAGACUCCGGCCCGCGCAACACUCCGCGGAGUCCGCCGCGUUGCUGGGGUCAAGCAGCCCGGCGGCGACGGCAGUGCAUCCUAGCUCACUUCGCAUGACCUCUAUGUCGUGAACUUCCACGUGUGUCCCCAAGUUCACGCACUGGAGUUGCCCGAGCGCUCCUGCGUCGAUGGCAGAUCUCAGUUGAUGAUCAUAGGGUUCUUAUUUUUAUGAUUGUUGCGUUUGCUCAGAUGCACUGCACUGACUUAUCGAUAUCCUCCGUAACUUCGUAGCUCUGUUCCUUUACACUGACUGUUGUAGCUUUCGUUUCGUUAAGAUGCAAGCAUUAUGCAUGUUUGAUUCUCUUAAUCUUGUGCACAGCAAGUGAUAAAAUGCGCUGGCAUUGUAUCAAUUUGCCGUCUCACCGUGAAUCGAGUCACAUUAUUCAUCAGACCAUGUCAUAUUCGUUUCAACUUAGAAAGUUUAUUUUUAUUUUUUGACCGAAUGUGGAGGACUGACAUUUCAACGGUUGUGACUGUAUUUUAUGGAGUGAUUAUAUGUUUCACGUUCUAAUAAAUGCAACGCCGUCUGGAAUAUCAUUGCGUUUGCUUAUAUUUGGAAGCUGUAUUCUGUAUUGUUUAUUAAUUUGUGGAAUCUUUUUUAAAUAAAGAUAAAUUCUCCUUAA